GAGGAUGGGUUGGUGUUUACAAAAGGAUUUUACAUUCUCUCGUGAGUCGACUUCACGAGCAGUAAAUUCGUUUAGUUUUUACGCAAUCUUUCACCUAUAAACAUCUCUUUUACAAACUUUCGUUUGUAGAGGUUGUAAUAUUCACGUCGUUUUUGUGUGCAACUCGACAAGGGUGAAACAUUAGUUAUCGAUUCGCAAAAAUGGGUAGAGCUUUCUGAUGCCCUCAGAAUCUAUUCAGAGCUCUCUCAUUUACUUUUUCUUCAACUAGAGGUAUUUGAUGGCAUGAGUUUUGGUACAUCAAGCUUCAAACAAAUAUGGACAUGUACAUUGAAAAAGAUUUGAAAAAAUCUCUAGUGAACAAUAUAACUCCUGGUGUUUGCUAUGUUUGUGGGAGCCCUAAUAGUGCUAUACACCUGCUUAGGACAAAGCCCGCUACAACGGAGCCUCACUUCCCCUUCCUGGAGCAUCAUGAGCCUCCAAUUGGUUGUGAACUGCCAAAAAGCAAUGGAACUGUGCUCGUAUGCUUUGUCUGCUACAGCUUCCUUCAUGCUCAGUGGGAUUCACAUGAAAGGAACAAUACACCCCAUUCUACCAGGCUGUACUGGCUCAAACGAGUAGAUCAAGGGCCUUACUCAGGGUCAGAUGGCCAGGCUGUUGAAGAAAGGCCUAUUGAGGCUAGUCCUAUAUCGAGAUCCCAAAAAGUUCAGGAAAAUGCAUCAACACAAGUUCAACGAGAUGUUUACCAUUCUCUUAAACGUCCACGAUCUCGAUCGAGAGAUAUGCAACCGGAGAUGGUCGGUCCAACUCACACAAAAAUGGAACGGAUUUCACCACAAGGAAAUACCAGCGGCGGAACAUUUAUAAAUGAAAAUAGAGCGGAUCAUAAAUCAGAAAAGGUCGACAAUUCAGUUGAGGCCUUGGAUUUACGAAGUUCGGCAUCGGUCAGUCGGGAACGAGACAAUGAACGAGCCCCGUCCCGCAGUUCGGUCCUAUCGCACGAUAGCGGCCUUUCGGGCCACUUAUUGAGCGACGGGGGUUGUGGGGUGGUGGAAAUUCUGGAUUUAAGCAUGCCCGAUAAAAAUGCCACAACUGAAGUCUGCUAUGUUUGUGGCGAUGAAUUUCAAAAAGGCCUUUUGUCGCACGUUUAUGCCAAACCUAUUCAGCACAGCCCGUUUUUUCCAAGUCUGAUGCUCCACCCGCGUCCCAGUCGUUCUCGGCCUAUGGAUUCAACAGGUCGCGUGCAAGCCUGUGAGAUUUGUACGAGUUAUCUUCUCCAGCAAUGGCACACGCACCAGUCGAGGAGCACUCCGCACUCUGAGCGCCAUUACUUGCUGCGGAAGAGGCAGACACCUGUCUACGAUACCACUACCUUCAUGUGUUACGCUUGCAGCCUGGAAUACCCUUCGUCGUCGUUACGGCUUUUAUACUGCCGUCCCAAUGCCGAAAAUGAGCCUUAUUUCCCUUAUCUGGAGAACGUUAGGGCUCCUCCUGGCGCCAGUCCCAUCUCUCCACAGGGAAUGGUUCAGGUGUGCGCCAUAUGCUUCAAAGCGAUCCCUCAACGGGACAAGGUCUUUAAUAACUGUGAAACGGGUCGCAUGAUUACACCAGUAGUGCCAGAACGACGUCCCAGUCCAACCGAUACCGAAUUGGCCGCUGAACUUUUUUGCUACGUCUGCCAUCGAAUAAGCUCCACCAGUUCCAUGAAGCUGCUAUGUUGUUAUCCGGAUCGCCGGAAUGCAUCCACCUCUCCUCCCCGCAUCAUGCAUUUUCCUUUCUUGAAGACAUUGCCAUUGCCUCCCGGGCCAGCCUAUUUUGACAGUAAUAAUCGGACGCUGGUUUGCGUUGAUUGUUUCACUCAUUUUAGUCAUCAAUGGCAUGUGUUUGAGAGCGAUGGACUGGCGCUGGAAUUGCGCCACUACACACUUCCGCCAACUGUUCAUCGUCCCUCUUUGUUGGCACCUCCGCCACGUUUAGAAAUCCGUCCCAAUUCGCCUACGCGUCCCGACGGAGUAUCGCACGUUUCUGCCUCGAAAACAACAACCCAGUCACAACCGGUAUCUCCCGGUUUUCGUCCAAAUUUUAUGCCGCGUAAUCGACCCGUGCAGCCCACCACACCCAAUGCCGAACGCCGUCCGCCCAGUUCCAACCGGAAUUCACCCGCUAAUCCUUCGCCAGUCCUCGCGUCGGUCGGAAAUGACUCGCAUCAAAAUCCAGCCGAAUCAUCCAUCUAUUGUUUCUUAUGUGGACUAAAUUCGACGCGAUCUUUCUCGCAUUGGCUCACUUCAACUGCAUCACCUAUCGAUCCCACGGCUCCCUAUUUUCCUUACAUUUUAAAUUACUCGCCGAGUUCGCGGGCGGAAAAACUACGCGAUGACGGGGCCGCUCUGGUUUGCACCUUUUGCUAUCACAUGGUUCAUUCACAAUGGAAGCAGUACGAAGAUGCACCGGCCAAUAAGACCCUUCAGCCGUUGACGCGAGUUUAUAACACGAACGAUUACGCUUGCUACGUUUGCGGUAUAGCAACCUACCGCAAGAGGGUCCGUGCUCUACCUGUCAAAGAUUUCCCGUUUUUGAAACAACACCGUCAGCCUCGACAUAGUCUUUCAAUUGAAAACGGCCAGUUUGUGGUUGUCUGUUUGGACUGUUUCGAAUCACUGCGAACACAGUCGCUCGAGUACGAGCGUUGGGGAUUGCCUGUCGAAAAGCGCCAAUACAACUGGAUGGCCAUACCACCUCCGCCGGAGGAUAGCAAUAAUUUGUCGACGCCGCUAGAACGAUUGUUGGCGAUGGAGCAGCAAAAAAGGAACAAGGAGCAAUCAGCUGGGCUAUCUUCUUCCAAGCCUCGUCUACUGGGUCGGACAUCAGAACUACCUAGCGGCGAAAUCAUAAACAAUGCAGACUCGACUACGCAAAUCACGCAAUGCAGUCUUCGGACUUCCUCGUCGACUUCCUCGGCUGUUACGAUGCCCGGGAAACCUUAAGGACAUACUUAUGAAAUAAUAAUAAUAAUAUUAAUAAUAAUAAUAAUAAAUAUUCACUCUCCUUUUGUCAAUCAAACUAUACAUUUGCCGUCUUUUUUGUGCAAAACCAAAUGUCUAUCGUAUGUGUAUGAAUUAAACUGGGUUUCGAACGAAAUUUUAAGAACGACAAAAUAUUAGUUGUUGGAUCUUUCCAAAAAUAAAUUAUAAAUGCUCUUAA